AUGCGCUGUGAAGUGGAGUGGUUUUUUGUAUUCGCUGCUUUGUCAGCAUUAGUUUUUGUGGGGGGAGCACAGCAAGGAGGUUCUAAUGUACCCGGCUCACAGCAAGGAGGUUCUAAUGUACCCGGCCCACAGCAAGGAGGUUCUAAUGCAGGCAAACCAUUGCCGGAUGCGACAUCGAGUAACGGCAAUUCAGCACGGACAAGCAACAGUCAGGUAGCCCGUAGUACAUCUACGACCGGCCCAACGGAUGCAACAACAGCGACACCAACAUCAUCAGCAUCCACCAAUCAAAUAAUCAGCAGUAUCUCUUCCGGCAACUCACCGACUCCAAAAGCAAGUUCACCCCUAACGGCAAUGCCCGGUAGUAAGACAACCGCUAAUAACACUCCCGGCAACUUACCGAUUCCAACAAGUUUACCCCCAAAGGCAACGCCCGGUAAGAAGACAACCGCUGAUAACACUUCCGGCAACUUACCGAUUCCAAAAGCAAGUUUACCCCCAAAGGCAACGCCCGGUAAGAAGACACCCGCUAAUAACACUUCCGGCAACAUAGCGACUCCAAAAGCAACUACCCCCGCAAGAGCGAUGCCCAGCAGUCGAAAAAUUAACGACGCCCAUUCGAGCAGCCCAUCGAGUUCAACAACAGUGAUGUCAACAGCACUCAGCAGUCAAACAUUUAAUGCUACCUAUUCGAACACCUCUGCGAGUUUAGCAGAAACCAUUUCAAAAGCAACACCAACACCCGACAAUGAAACAGUCAACGAUACCAAUUCGAGCAGCUUGUUGGUUCCAGAAGCAAUGAUACCAUCCUCACCAAUACUCAGCAGUCAAGCAGAAAGCACCAGUCCGCAUUCGGCGACGUCAAAAGAUCAGCCAAGCGAUGGUUCGGCAAAAUCAGGACAUCAAAAAACUGGUGGAGGAUGCGUUUAUGAGCCAUGGAAUUGCCGAGUGCCUUAUAAAGGUGCGGGUCCUGCGUUAAGGUGGACGAUUGUGGUGUUGGCAUGUAUAUUGGCAUUACUGAUAAUGAUAGCAUGUUUGAUGGUUAUUUCUGAUAGAAAGAGACAUAAACCAGUCACUGAGGAAACUAUACCUCUUAAGCUGGAAGUAGAUCCUGAUGAUGUGACAUUGAGCAGCAUUCUUGCAAAUCAUAAGAAUCUGAAUACGGGUGCAAAAGUAUUCGAUAGGGCGACGCUUGGCUAUGUUACACCGUGGAAUUCACAUGGUUAUGAUAUUGCGAAGUGGGCCGCUAAUAAGUUCACACACAUAUCUCCGGUUUGGUUCCAACUGAAACCAGCUGUAAUUGAUGGACGUAAAACGUGUUCAGUUGGGGGGACGCAUGAUAUCGAUCAAGGUUGGAUACGAGAUGUGCGUUCAAAUAAUUCGGAAAUUGCGAUCGUACCUCGAUUUCUGAUUGAACAGUGGACGAGCAAAGAAGCGGCUGCGUUCCUCUAUGAUGAAUUGUGGCAGAGGAGGUGUGUACAAGUUAUGACCGAUUUGAUUGAGCGGAACGAAAUGCAAGGAGCUGUUGUAGAAAUGUGGUUACAGUUGUUGAGCUUAACAGGUGCAAAAAUGACUGAAGUCAUGAUCGAACUGAUUCAGAGUUGGUGUGAAUUUUUCCACGCCAAAGAUCUCGAAUUCAUUAUGCCGUUGAGUCCACCGUUAAAUGCAAAGUAUGAAUUAACUGGAAUCAUCUCCACAGAACAUUUCGCCGAAAUGGCAAAACAUGUUGACUUUAUCAAUGUUAUGGCAUAUGAUUAUCAUACGGAUAGGCCAGCAGGUGUGGCACCCAUAGAGUGGAUUCGUAGAAAUAUGGAAUUUUUAUUGAAAGAAUCCCCUGUGAGUGCCUCUAAGGUGUUGUUAGGUAUCAAUUUCUACGGUUUCGAGUUUACUGAACGAAGUGUCGACGCUAUUACUUCGCCGAAGUAUUUGGAACAUCUGAAAUCUGAUGAAGCGUCGUUGAACUGGGACGAUUCGAAUGCUGAGCACUUCGUUGUAGAUGGACAUUCAAUAACGUAUUAUCCAUCAUUAGCGUCGUUGAGUGUUCGACUUAAGUAUGCGAAACGUAUGAAUAUGGGUAUCGCAAUAUGGGAUAUUGGACAAGGAUUGAAUUAUUUCACACGUCUUCUUUAA